AAUUGAUUAUUUAAUCAGAUAAAAUUAUGUAAACAGGGUUGAGGGUUCUAUCUAGAUGGAAUUAUUCAAUGGAAUAUUAAAAUCGGGGGAAUAGGAACACUUAUGGUACUGCUGUUUGAGCAAAGUGCCUUGUGCGUCGGUCUGCAGUGUCGUCAAAUUACUGAAAAUCCAGAUGCGCACAGAAAACAUCGGUGUUCCAAACAUCGAUGACAUUGUUUUCUCUUACUUCAGCUGCGACGCUCACGUCGCAAAUAAAAAAAAAUUUAUUUGAUUUUGAAGUUGAAGUUGAACGAUAGUUAGUUUGUAACCACUCUGUGAAUCUUGGCCCGCACUUGGACAAAGUUGAAGAAAAUCCGCUAAAACUGUCAAGGAAACUGUCUUGCUGGCUCGCCGCUGGUGUGCUGCUGCUGUGCGUGUGUUGUAUGUGUGUCUGUGGCGGUGUGUGCAAUUUUUUUUCAUCAUUCAAUCCGCGUGUGUUUUGUGUGUGUGCCCCCAAGGAAAGAAACGCGUGGCCCAGCCCCGGGAAGAGACAAGCCGCAAGCCCCUAGUGGAGCUAUAGGAACAGUUCCUCUUUUAACUAUUAAAAUUAUUCCAACACAAAAUACUGCCUCCGACGAGCCAGCCUUCACAUAAUAUUCAGGAUUCCUUACCUCAACGGCUUCUCGAGGCCGUACAAUUAUGGGUUUAUAUGACAAGAGUUUUUCUACUACCAGCAGCACUGAGCCCAAUGGAAGCGUAGUCAGAACCGGCGCCAGCGCCAGCACCGAGGAAGCAGCCAGCAGCAACAUUGUCGUCGUCGUCAACAGCAGCAGUUGCAGCAGCAGCCCAGCUCCUCCGUCAUCCCCAUCAGCAGUAGCAGCAGUAGCAGCAGCAGCAGCCUCGUCCUCGUCCUUGGCAGCAGCAGGAGCAGCAUCAGACCCCUUUAUAGCACAAAAAGAGCUCCCUGGAAUAGAAGUGGAGAUGUGCUCUUGUGAUAAUCAGAACCCUGCAACAUCCGCAGCCAAUGCAACAACUUCCAAUGUCAUUAAACGUAAACGGCGUUUUAGCAGCAGCGACUCCAAUGAUGAUGCAAAGGAUCCCGAACUCGGCUUUGAGCCACCAUCGGCCAAGCGGCAACAGCGUCUGCCUGCCAUCUAUGGCAGCGAUCAGAGCAGCAAUCUCUCCUCGGUGGCCUCCUCGGUGUACACCUCCCCUGGUCAGGGCACCCAGGAGCUGCUGAGCAUACGCAGCUCGCCGGCAGAUGAGUUGCCAGAGGCCUCGCACAGUCCGCUCCCCGACAGCCCUGACAGUCCGCCCAGUCCCGAUCGGGGCUCGGCCAAGCAGGCGCCCGUUGUAGUGCGCUACGCCGUGGACCAGGUCGGCAGCAACAGUCUGGCAGCAGUGACAGAGCAGCUGGAUCAGGAGGAUGAUGAUUUGCUGGACGACAGCUGCGAGGAGUAUUCGUACGAUGAGGAGGACGAUCUGGAGGAGGAGGACGAUGAGGAGAUUAACUCAUCGAACAUUUCGCCAGCCUCCUCGGGCUCCAACCCGCCAAUGACCGACUAUGGGGCCAAAACCCCACAGCUGACGCUGAGCAACAUCGUCAAGGACAUGUCACAGCUCGAAGAGUACUCGGGCCUGAAUUGCAUGUCGCCGGCGGUGGAGAGCUCUCUGCGUCAGUGCCCCCUUCCGGCCCUAGCCUGGGCCAAUGCGGCAGAUGUGUGGAAGCUGAUGUGCCAUCGGGACGAUCAGGAUUCGCGUCUGCGCAGCACCACCAUGCUGGAGCAGCACCCGGGCCUGCAGCCGCGCAUGCGGGCCAUCCUUCUGGACUGGCUGAUCGAGGUCUGCGAGGUGUACAAGCUGCACCGGGAGACCUUCUAUCUGGCCGUUGACUACCUCGAUCGCUAUCUGCAUGUGGCCCACAAGGUGCUAAAGACGCACCUGCAGCUGAUUGGCAUCACGUGUCUGUUUGUGGCCGCCAAGGUGGAGGAGAUCUACCCGCCGAAGAUCGGCGAGUUUGCCUACGUCACCGAUGGCGCCUGCACCGAGAAGGACAUCCGGCAGCACGAGAAGAUCCUGCUGCAGGCCCUCGACUGGGACAUCAGCCCCAUCACCAUCACCGGCUGGCUGGGCGUCUACAUGCAGCUGAAUGUUAACAACCGCACCCCGGCCUCGUUCAUGCAGAUCGGCAAAGAGAACGCCACCGAGAAGGCAGCCGAUGAUGCCUUCAUCUAUCCCCAGUUCUCGGGCUUCGAGUUUGUCCAGACCUCGCAGCUGCUGGAUCUGUGCACCCUCGACGUGGCCAUGGCCAACUAUCCGUACUCGGUGCUGGCUGCGGCCGCCAUUAGUCAUACAUUUAGUCGAGAGACGGCCCUCCGUUGCUCUGGCCUGGACUGGCAGGUGAUCCAGCCCUGUGCUCGCUGGAUGGAGCCCUUCUUCCAGGUGAUCUCCAAGAAGGCCGUCUACCUGCAGGUGAAUGAGCAGAACGAACAGGUCAGCAACAAGUUCGGACUGGGCCAUGUCUGUCCCAACAUCGUCACCGACGAUUCGCACAUCAUUCAGACCCACACCACCACGAUGGACAUGUAUGACGAAUUGCUGAUGGUCCAGGAUGCGCUCCACGCUAUGCGAGUCCGGACCCAGGCCUCGCCGGCCACAGCGCUGCGCGCCCCGGAGAGUGUGCUCACGCCGCCCGCCUCUAGUCACAAGCCGGACGAGGAGCUAGGCGAUGAGGAGGAACCGUCGGCGAACAGCAGCAGCAGUAGCGGCAUAAAGAGCGGCGGCGGCAUCAGAAGCUCCACUUCGUGUCACGCGGCCCAUCGCGGGAAUAUUGCCACAGCUGGCAGCAUAAUGGCUGAGAACAGCAGAGGCAAUCGCUGAGAGCUCCAGUGGAUGCAUCAAGCAAACACAAACACACACCUCGCCCGCCCAAACAGUUUUUACGUUAAGUGUUUCUUAUAAUUAAAUUAUUUAUGUUAAGUGAAAAGUUAUUAGUUGCCUAAUUCCUAUGCUAAAAAAAUAUUUAAUUUCAAAUUUUGCAAGCGCCCUGGCCCCAUAUUUUUUUUGUUUCUUCGGCUUCAUAUUUUUUUCGUUGCCGGAUUUUCGCUCAGUUUAAUAUUUAAAUAUGUGUAUUUAUCCAAAAUCAGAAAUAUAAUCUUAAAUGUACACUCCUAACUACCUACAUAUACACAUCAAGAUAUGCACAUAAAGAGAGCAUAGAUCGUAGAGCACACGAAGAAAACUGAAUAGAUCCUUAAAUUCUAACACUAAUAUACCUGCUGAAAGGGAGCCAAGCCGAAAGCCAAAUGCCGUAAGCUUACUAUAAACACAAAUGAAACAAUAAGAAAUCGGAAACUGGAAACUAUAUAUAUAUAUAUUACAUGUAUGAGUAAAUUGUUGACAAUCGAUCAGAUCAUGUCCAGCAGAGCCAGAGAACCAGUCAGAGUCAUCCGCUCAUCAAUCACCAAUCAUCAAUCUAAAGAUUAACGAAACAAAACUGACGGAAAAGCGAUGGCAGGAAGUGCAAAUCACUUGACUAAUCAACUAAAACUAGUAUAUAAGUUAAGGGAAGUGCCAGAACUAGAACCUACAUAAGUACAUAUGUGUGUGCAGAUGUAGUAACUAAACCGACUAAUGCUAAGGCCUGCAUUUCCAUUCAACGAUUAACCCCACUAACAAUGAAUCAAACAUAGACACACACUCACACAAA